UGAAACAAAAUCUAGAUCAUCAAGAGUUAGCUAGAAGCAAAUUAUGCUGCCAGUUACUGGGCUAAGAAAAAUGGUAUAAAAGAUAAAACAUCAACACUAUCAACUGUGCCUAGUCAAAGUGGUAGGCCACCUGGUAAUGAAGCAAAGAAACGGCAAAAGAAGAAGAAGAAAAAGAAAGCAUCAAGUACCAACACUGAUGCAUCAGCUAAUAGUCGAUCAUGGCUUGAUACAAGUGAUAAUGACUUUUCUCCCCCAGAAAAUGUAGCUUUGUUAAGCUUGAGAAACAAAGCUGGAGAGACUGCGCAAGUUCUUGGUUCAGCUGCAAGUGCAUCAUCUGAAGGGAAAUAUAUUUGUCCUGUUUUGUUCUGUGACGCUGAAUUCUCAUCCGAAGGAUCUCUAGGACAGCAUAUGAAUCUGUUUAAACAUUCCCCUUGCAACCCGUUACGGUUAGCUGAAGACACAAAGCUGUUACCAGAUCCAGUUUGCUUUAAAUGUCCAGAUUGUGACUUAGAAUUUGAAAGCAAAGAUUUGUGUAGGGAACAUAUGGACAGAGAAAAUCACUUGGUGUUUUAUCCCCCACUCGCUAUAACAGCAUAUCAAUGUCCAGAUUGCCUUUAUUUGUUCAAGAACCUACAGUCAUGUUUAAGUCACAUGGAAAGUUCAAGGCAUUACAGUUUCAAGUUCCCAUUCAAAGAUGAUGUAACAGAUGGUGAUUUUAAUCUACCAGUGGCAUUAGCAGAGGAAUUUGUUCAAGAUUACAUCAAAGAGUGUGAAAAGAUACCAUUCCAAGUGCAGUGUUUAGAGUGUAGCAUGUUCAUUUUGUCGCCAGCUGAUUUAAAGCAACACCCAAAUUUCCAUAGAGUAUGUGUGCUCACUGAUAAUGAUUUGGCUGAUGUAUUUUCUACAUACAUAAUGACAUUUUCUUGUGACAGAUGUCAUCGAUUGUUUGAUGAACAGCCAGCAGGAGAUCCCAGACAUAUUUGUGCUGGUGGCAUUGUGGGUAAUAUUAAAGCCAACCUUGUUAACACCACAAGUGAAUUUUUGAAAUACUCUGCUCUGUCUUUGAUACCUUCAGUAAAAGGAAAGAAGGCACAUAAUGGCUUAAUGCACAUUGGUAAAGUUAAGCAAACAAUAAAGCAUGAUCCAGUAGCAACAUUAAAUGGUCACGCUUUCAGAACUGAAGAUGAUUAUUUGAACUUAAAUGAUGAAGACGGUUAUUUGGACUUAAAAGACCAAGCCUUAGAGAGAGACAGUAGUAAAAGUAAAAUGAGUAAUGGUGCAAAUGAUAAAUCUCAACCAUCCAAAGGUGGUGUAAAGGAAAGUCCAAGGAAAAAAUCUGGUUUUGAUAGCCCUGGAUCAAGUAGAAAUUUAGUAAAUGAAAAAUUAAAAGCACUGAAAGGUGCUUUAGAUGAUAGUCCUAGGACAAGACUAAGUUGUUCUUUACGUGAUAUUGAUUCUGAAUCUGAUAGUGUAGUAGAUAUUAAGACAGAACAGUGUGCCUCUAGUAAAGAAUUAGGGCAAAAAGUAGAUCUUGCCAAGAAAAUAAAACAAGAAGUUCAAAAAACAUUUCCUUGUGUAGCUCUAAAGAAAGAGGGUACCUCUGCACCAAUUUGUUGGGAUAAAGUAAUAGAAGAAGUUCAUGAAACUACACCUGGUGUCAAUGUUAAGAAAGAGAUGACCACAGAACCACUGCAUCAUAAUGUGAUUAAACUAGAAGUUCAAGAAACAAGACCUGGUGUCACUGUAAAGAAAGAAGGUACAACUGAAACAGUAAAUCAAGAAGUUAAAGAAACAGGACCCGAUGUCACUGUUAAGAAUGAGGGUGCCACAGAAACCUUGCACUUGGAAAGAGUAAAACAAGAAGUUAAAGGAGCACAACAGUAUAACAUUAAGGAAGAAAUGCCAUCAACAAGCACUGGUAUAGUUUCUGGGACACAAGAUUUUGGAACCUCCUCUAACGAUUCUGAUUCAGACCUUGAGUUUAUAGAAAUCAGUGAUCCUGAUGGCAGUGUAGAUAGAAUUCUUAUUAGUGAUAGUGAUUCAGUGGUCGAAGAUGAUCAGAAAAAUACCAAACCAAAGUCUGGUAUGGUUAUAUCUUCAUCGAAGAAAAAAAGGAAAAAGAAGAGAAAACCAGGCAAAAAAAUGACAAAAAAACAAAGGAGACUUGCGGAAGAAGAAGCAAAAGUAUCGGCAUGUGAAAAACUUUUGAAAUUCUUAAAUAAAGAGGAGGAAAAAAAAGAUGGAGACCCUGAGUGCAGAAGAAUGCCAACGAGGCAAGCAAAAGCUGCAGCUAAUAAUAUGCUAGAGAGGAAAAAGAAAAGGGCACUUGGUAUGUUAGAACAGCAACAAAUAAAAAAAGCAGAGAGAGAACAGCAACAAAUAAAAAAGGCAGAGAGAAUAGAAGCCAAGAGAGAACAGCAACGAUUUAUAAAUGCAGAGAGAAUAGAAGCCAAGAGAGAACAGCAACGAAUAAAAAAUGCAGAGAGAAAAGAAGCUGCUAGACAGGAAGAAAUAGAAAAGAGGGCUGCUUUGAAAGAAGCUGCGUUAAGGGAUGACAGUAAUUUUAAAAGUCAUCAAACUGGUGCUUAUGGUUCGAAUCUUGCUUUUAAAGGAACUGUCAAUGGGCCAAUUUCAACAAAGCAGCUGAAGAAUCCUGAGUUAUUUCUGAAUACCCAGGAUGUAAAUCUGAUCUCAACAGAAAACUUGAAGAAGAAGAGGAACAUUAUUUUCUUGGAUUUGGACAACUUUUCCACCUUUUUUAGAGUGUUACCUCACAGUCCUCCUGAAGACAUGUUUGUAUGGGCAUUCUACGGUGGUAAAUUUACUUUUGGACAGAAAACGCUCAAUGAAAUUUACUUUGAAAUGAAACAAAAUGGUCAAGUAUAUAUAAGUGAUAGAUGUGGACAGACUAAGGAUGCUGCAGACUUUGCUCUAGUUUUGACUGUGGGAAAGAUGGAUGAACGUCUUCCCUCUAAUGUGUCUUUUACAAUAGUGUCUGCAGACAAGGGUUUCUGUGAAGUUGAGCGUCAAAUGCAACAGUCGUCAAGAUCUGCAAGGGUGAUCAAUCCCAAACAGGACACGGAUCUACUUUUACCUAUACUAAGAAGUCUUGUUGAUAUGUGAAAAAUUUGACUGGACCAUAGUUAAAUGAUAUCAUAUUUGGACAUGUGAAUGUUAAGAUGUUACUUUAACACAUCUGCUGUAAAGUGUUGAUGAUUUGUGAAUGGUUUAACUUUACCACAACUUAUAAAACAUGUUUGUAAUGGGAAAAUAAAUACAUCGAUGUUUGCCGCUGGAAAAAUCCUGUUGAUAUACAAAUAAUUGAAAUAUCUUUAAAACUUUGACUUUGUAAUCUUGUUAAUUUGUUUAACAAAUUUAUCACUCGUUUUAAUUUUGUUGAAAAAUUGUGACUUUUCCACUGUAAAGAAGGCAUGUGCUUGUUA